UUUCGAUUCUUGGCUUUUAAAACACGCAUUCUCAGUUGAAGCUUUUAAUCCAAUGUGCUAACGACAACUUAAACAAACCGAGUAACUAGAGUUUCAGGGAUGCUCUGACAACUUAACUUUACAGAUUGAUGAAGAUGAUGAUACCUUCAUUCUGUAUGGUACGAUGAAUGGACCCCCACCUACAGCUGGAUGGAGAUGACCUGCCACCCCUUCGGGAAUGGUCAGAAUGGGGCCAGAUGUGCCCCUUCUUAAUGAGUACAAGCAGGAGUUCUUCUGGAAGCGCUUCCCCCAGACGGUGUUGGGGGGUCCACGUUUCAAGUUGGGCUACUGUGCCCCACCCUAUGUUUACGUCAAUCAGGCAGUGUUGUUCUUGACACCAUGGCUUUUUGGGGGCAUUGGUACUCUGCUCUGCCAGCUGCAGUUGCUGCAGGAGCUCCACGCCACAGUGCUCGCUGGCAUGCUUAUGUUCGGGGCUGCGGCGGGUGUCCAGGCCCUGGCAUUUUAUGCUGCCCGGAGGAAUGGCACGGUGGAGAGACUAGGUGCGCCCAACAUCCUCGUAGAUGAAGAGGAAGUGGAAUUCACCCACUGUGUCAGCCCAGAGACAGUCAGAUUUAUUGCGCCAGGGAAGAGGUUUGGACUGAAUGUGGUGCUGCACACAGUACUAGCCGGGGUGCUUUGUGGCUUUGGGACAUGGUAUGUGUUCCUUGGAAGACUGACCGCUCUCUACGGCAGCAUCGGAGUAUCUCUGGUCGUCUUUGUUCUGAGUUGGGUGACACUGUGUAUAGCAGAGUACUCCCUCAUUGUGAACACAGCCACAGAGACGGCCACUUUCCACGCACAGGACACUUAUGAGAUCACCCCGCUCACCCGGCCCCUCUACAUUUUUAUUUUUAUUUCAGUGGACUUGGCUGGCAGGUUCUCGGGCCCUGUUCCUGAGCUCCAACUGGCCAGCCAGGUUCUCCAUGUUCUGUUCCUCUUCCUACCUCUGCUGUGGGCGCUGGGUAUACUCCCUCCCCUGGAUGCUCUGCUCCUCUGGGGCAUGGAGCAGGCUCUUGUUUUUGGCUUAGGAGGCUCACCUAUGUCCAGCAACCUCAGGCUGCUGUUGAUGUUCGCCAUAUCUGCCAGCGUAGCUGUGUCCAAUUACUUCAUCCCAUCAACACUGGGUGUGGUUCUCUUCUCCGUGUCCACGGGAUUUCUGCUGAGCCUGGACCUCAGCCAGGUUGGCACACUCUGCAGACGUUCCAGAGCAGCCUUCGGGGACCCUGGUUUUAGCAAAGGGGGGUCGCCACCUCCUCCUCCCAGUUCCUUUGGCUGGAAUCUGGGCUGCAGGGAGCUCCUGCUAUAUUUGAGCCUGUUUCUGGUGGCGAUGGCAGAGGCGGGGCUGCUGCAUCACUUCCUCGGUUCAGCUCAGCCCCAGGGCUUGGUUACAGGACCUCAAGGUCCUGUCAGCUACCUCCUCCUUGGACUAUUUUGCCUCUGUUGGACUCUCCGAGAAAUCCAGGGGGCAUAUGUAUUUGGAGGGGUUUUACUUAAUCCCCUGUACCCUAAAGGCAUGACCAGUGUGCAGACUUUCAAGCAGAGGAGCAGAGGUUUAUAUAUUGCUGCAGCAAUCAGAAGAGUCCUUCUUUAUCUCGUCUCUCCAUUUGCAAUGAUUGCUUUCCUGUCUAUGGACAAAUCUCUUCAGCUGCUCCACAGGGUGUCCCUCAGUGUGGGGUUUACACGAGCCUUCAGAUUGGUGUGGCAGAACUCAGAAGAGGCUCUGCUGCAGAUGGUGGUGGUGGUCCUGGUGCGUCUUGCAGCUGGAAACAGCGUACUGCCAGGUUGGGAUAACCUUGGCACUGGAGUUCAGCUUCUGCUGGUGGGCCUGCUGAUCGACAGAGUGACCCAGUUCCUCUCCAAGCUAAAGUUCACCCUGACUGUGUUGGUGACAUCUUGGACGGAGAAGAAGCAGCGGCGUCAGUCGGCUGGGACCCUGCUGGCCCUGAACGCCUCCCUAUGCCCGCUGCUGCUGCUGGUAGUGACCCUGUCUGCCCUGCUCUCUGCCCCUCUGCUGCCCCUCUUCACCCUGCCCAUCUUCCUGGUGGGGUUCCCAAGACCUCAGCGCAGUUGGCCAGGCCCCGUAGGUACCGCCUGUCCCUGCCCCGACUCCAUCUUCUACCAGCAGAUGAGCGGGAGUCUGGCGUCUGCUCUGAGGACCGCCUUCGCGAGAGGCUCACUGGGUUCUUUAGCCCCAGGCUCUCAUUUUCUUGGGCGCUUUCAGGACCGUAUGGUUUGGAUAAUGAUCCUGGAGAGAGGAUAUGGCUACUGUACAGUCAACAUUAAGGGUCUGGAGCUGCAGGAGACAUCUUGCCACACGGUGGAGGCACGGAGGGUUGACGAGGUGUUCGAGGCCGCUUUCGAGCGUCCUGAGCGGCUUGGUUUCACUCAGGCCUUUAACAUGCACUGGGGGAACGCCCUCACUCCUUGUGCUGCCCUUACAGUGAGGGUCUACUCUGACGCCCGAAAUGUGCUCUCAGGCAUCAUCGACUCUCAUGACAACUUGAGGAAGCUUCAGGAUGACUUUCUGAAAGCACUGGUCUGGUUGCUUCUCAGGUACUGUGUGCAGAAGCAUAAAGGAUUUCUAUGGAGCGGUGAAGAAGGGCCCGGGGUUGGAGGUAGGAAGUCCCAGUCCUCCCAAUUUGCCCAGACAACUUGUAACCAGCCACCUGAGGCUGUUGUGGUGGAAUCCAACGUGUCUUCUCUCAGAUUCAGACAGGACAGCUCCAGUCUGACCUCCUUUGGGGACUGGUCAGAUGAGGAUGACUUAUUUGGUCCUCAACCAGCCAGGCGGACAGUUGCGUUGGUGACCGCAGAGGCCCAGCCCGGACUCACGGCGCUGCAGACUGGCGCCUCCCUGCCAGGCUCUGUGGAGAUGGACAGCCUUUUUGAAAACAUGGCUCUCUCUGCUCUGCAGCCUCUGCAGCCUUUGGGUCUGGGCAUUGGGAUGCCCGCCGUGGAUAAAGGGCGUAACCCUGAGGUCUUCCGAGACAGUCCUGGCUCUCUCCCUCUGCUGAACUUCAGCUGCUCCCAGUCGGAGGUGUUCAACCUACCGACAGGGUGGAGGACUGCACCUUUGCUGCCAUCCCGCCUGCUGCAGCUCAGGCCUUUGUUUCCUGAGGACUGGUUUCGGUUCAGCUUAGGGCAGUUUGGGGCUGUUGUUCAGGGCGAGACCUCGGAGCACAUGACCAAAGCGCUGAAGGAGGAUGAAGCUUUGAAAGAGCUGCAUGCACAGGUUGCACUUUCAUGUCUCAUAUCAGUGGGGGCAGAGUCUGCCUUCACCAGUCCCAGUCACGUCUAUAGACUCUAUUGUGGAGACAUACCGUGGACUGAAGGACUCGACUGGCUCUCCUCAAGUAAAGAACUUUACCAGCUUGCACUUCAGGCUUUCAGGUUCAGUUUCAAGCUGCUGUUUGAUCAAGCGAGUCUAGGGCCCAUGGAGUCCCCUGAGGAAUUAUUCAGCACCUUGGAGGAAUAUGAAAGGGAUUGGUACAUCGGCCUGGUGACAGAGAAAGGCUGGCAUGACAGCGUCCUUCAGGAGAAACCUUUCCUAUUCUCUCUAGGACAUGACCUCGCUAUGGGUACGUACACAGGGCGAGUCCUCUCCCUGCAGGAGCAGCUGGUGCAGGUGGGUCGUCUGAAUGGAGAGGGGGUGCGAGGCCAGUGGGCAAACCUGUCCUGGGAGCUCCUGUAUGCCACCAAUGACGACGAGGAGCGUUACAGCAUCCAGGCUCACCCCUUCAUGCUAAGGAACUUAACUGUUCAGGCAGCUGAUCCCCCUCUAGGAUACCCCAUUUACUCCUCAGCCCCUCUUCACUUCCCCUGCCUCUGACCUGUGGCUUCUUCUGCCUUUUCUGCUGAAUACACUAUAAAGUAAAGAAGUAGUCUCUUUUUUAAAAAAAAAGAUUUGUUUCCAUCUUUAAGCCUUUAUUGGAUUGUUUAGAUACAGAAAAAGGACGGCAACUUCCGGAUUCAAACCCAAGCCGCUGCGGUCAGAACUCAGCCUUUGUACAUGGUGCCCUGCUCUGUCGAGUAAGCUUUAAGGACAUACGGAGGAUGCUUUUCAGUUGGUACUACCCUAAAAAAAGUAAAGGGUGACAAGGAAAUUGAUGUGGAAACUACAGCUUAGGAAAGAGAAAACUUGUCUUGAGUAAGUUAAAGAAUUGUGGGGUUCCUUAAUUUCCUGCACUACAGAGGAAGAGCAGUGGCAUCACCACUGUAUACUCUCCUGCAAGUGGAAAAAUGUUGUAAACACAUUUUAACUGACAGUGUGAACUACCUCCUAGAACAGCACAUUACAAAAGGAAAAAAAAGAUCCCUCAUGGGUUUCCAGAGAAGCAUAUGCUUUGUGGUUUGUUUAUAGAUGUCUGUGCUUAAAAAGAAAGUGAAUCUAUUUGCCCUCCUCCCUUCUACAUGACACCUGCAGAAUACCUCUGGUUUUAAUGCUUAGUUUUCAAAAUGUUCAGGUGAUCCCAUUUAUGUCCACAAAGAAAAGGAGGAGAAUUGUAAUGUUUUGUUAAAAUAUCAAGGAUGUGCCUUGGGUAUGUCUUGCUGUAUGUGUGUAAGGUGUUUAGUGCUAUAGUUUUGUUUACAACCCACUUGUUUACAAUUUAGAAUGAAAAGUUAAAUGAAUUUGUCCAUAUUCUCUUGUACAUAUUGUUGAUUUUUAUAUGUUUACUGGUAUAAACUUAUAAUAAAAUAGCUUGGCAGAAAAAAAAGUGUUACUGUUUUACUAAAGAACCUUGCGUGGGCAGAAGAAAUAAUCCAAACAUUUUUUUUUAUUAGUCAUCCAAAAGGUUUGUGCUAGUUUCCAAUUACAUUCUUAUGUUUUACAUUCAUGUAGGCUUUCGGCACAAGUUUCACAUUAUAUGAGAUGCGUGUUACCUUAAAAUCAAGUAUAGUAAAGUAAGGGCAAAGUAUAGGGUUUACUUUACAUCAGAGAGGUAAGCAUAAUGAAAAAAAGUAAUGUGGUGAUUAUUUUUACUACACCCUGCCUUGGUUCUGCUUAAAACCAGUUGUGCCGUUAAAUAUUUUCCUUUAAGAUGAAAGCAAAGACACCUAUAUUCUGUAGAAACCCA